AUGUACAUACUUUUCAAUGAGCAAUUUUUGUUAUCAUGCCUUUCAGACGUGUGCGGACGUCAUGUGAAAUAUACUGCUGUCAUUAAGGGCUAUGCUCUUUAUGGUCACGUGAUUCAGAACCUUACGCUUCCGGUUGAUAUACAAGACCCCUGCAGGACUCAGUGUGUUAUGGAAAGUCGCUGCGUAGCAAUCAAUAUCGGUCCACACUUAGGCGAUCACAUUAUAUGUGAACUAAGUGAUUCAGACGGAACUGAAUACCCCCAAGAUCUCAAGCCUCGGAAUGAUUUUAUUUACAUUGGUACUGAGGUAAGAGAGUGGGUAAAACAAAGACGGGAUUUUGAAUUUUAUUAUUUUUUUUUUUUUUUAAGAACGAAUUUUUUUGUUUCCCCAAUAAGAACCGAUGCAGUAAUAACCCAUGCCUUAACAAUGGGACUUGCCUUAAUGGGUAUACCAAGAAAGGCUACAUUUGUCUCUGUGGAUCUCUCUACAGUGGAGAACACUGUGAAACAGGUAACACAUACAUUAAUGUUGGAUAUACCAGAAAUAUAAGAUUAUUCAGCACAGUCGAAUAUACCAAAUUUAUUUCAUUUGUUUGAAUUGACUGGCUGAAUAGCUUGUUAAGCGACCAAACAACGAUUGAAUGAUAGUCGUUUCGAGAAGUUACGUUACAUUACGUCACACCACCUUUGUUACAUUACGUAAUAUUAUUUUAUAUUACGUUGCUUCGUUUGGUUUGGGUUUGUUUUGUUUUGUUUUGUUUCUCUUGCUUGCUUGCUUUUUUGUGUGUUUUACUUUUUGUUUUGGUUUUAUUUUUGUUAAAAAAAUAAAAAUAAAAAUGAAACAUGUCAUUCACAUGCUGUGUAGAAUUUUACAUAGCUGAACAUCUUGUGGAGUGGAACUCCAGCGAAUGGACGCUGAUAAUAAAGAUGGACGGUAAUAAGGUACAAACUUGCUUUCAAAUGUUUAUUUUUCGUCUAUUUAUCUAGCUGUCAAUGAAUGAUAUCUGUUCAAAUAUUCAUUCUCAUGUAUCCAUUCAUUUAUCUACACGUAAUAAGUUGAGUAUCUCUUUAUUUCUUUUGCGAAGAAAAUAAACUGAGAAAUUGCUUAUCAUUGUGUCCCCAUCUUUCCUCAUAUUUUGGCUCAGAAAUAUACAAUGUUCCUUUCGUCGUUUUUCGACACCCUACGUCAGAAGGAUCUCAAUAUAUUCGCGAAUUAUAUAUAUUGUUUUAAAACAGCAGAGAAAAGGAUUUUGGAUUCAGAUAAAAAUACACGUGUUACACAUGUUUAUGAGUAUAUCAAAUCGUGAAAUAAUAUACUCAAACAUUCAGUAAAAUUGAUUUCUUGCUUUUUUAUUUAAGUGAUCAGCCAUGAAGGUUGUUCUUUCCAUUAAGAUAUGCGAAAAACUAACUUUUUUGAGGAAAACUGACUUGAUUUCCCCGUCUUUUUCUUUUUUUAAGUUCUACAAAAGUCAAAGGAUGUUAGUUAUUUGAUAAAAGACUGACUAACUUGGAUAUGUUGUGAGCCGUAUUCUGAGUUGAAGUGAUAUUAACUACCGUUCAUUUGUUUUUCCUGGAUGCUCUGGCCCUAGGACACGUUUUCCUAUGAUUCCAUUCUGUGGACCAAUAAGGAUACUUUUAACCUUCCCGGAGGAAAAACUGGGCUCGACACACAAGAAACUAAGCUACCAACUUACUGGGAGAAACCUUUCUCUAAGAUCUGCCUUGGUAUGAGGAUCGGAAGUCACACCAAUUUCAUAGUCAUUCAUAUGGAGGCAACUUCCCUUUAUUCACUAAUCGCUGACGGGCAGUAUCGUGCCAUCUCGCUUGGUCGUGAUAAAUGGAAGUCGUUGAUUGGUGCAAACGCAUCCCUGCAGCUUAACUGCAACAAAGAGGGCUUCAACUCACAGGGCUAUCCUCAUAACUCGAAAGCAAGGAUUGGUAUUAUUGGUAACGACCAAUCUGAUUGUAGAAGCACUGAUUCCAGAAUCGGUUUUGGUACAGGAGGCAACCCUGACAAAUCCAUCACGUGUGGUAACGUGGCUGGUUAUACAGCAGAUAAUGGAAGAAGAUAUAUUAAGGCAAUGGGAUAUAUCAUGGUACAGUGA